AUGGCAUCCCAUGAAUUACGGGUAACGUUAAGUGAUAUAAUCAGUCAUAAGGACUUCAUCAAUAGCGUAACUUACAAUGGAGAGAGUGGAAGCUUGGUAGCAUCUACUGGAGAUGAUCUAACAGCUCUUGUUUGGAAUUCAACCACAAAUAAUGUAUUUACUAAAUUCUUCCUCUCUUCACCAGGUAUGAUAGUAAGAUUUCAUCCAGAGGACCCAGAUUUGCUACUCGUAGGGGAGAAGACAGGAGUUUUAAGGGUCUAUUCAAUUGACAGAGGCUGCUCGACUUUAUUUUUACGGUGUCCUGGUCCACUUCUAGAUGCAGACUGGUCGAUUCCUGAUCCAGCUCUGCUUGUAGCAGCUGGUGCUAAGGGUCUGACUGUGUGGAAUGUAGCAUCUCCUCAAUUGUUGGUGGCAUAAGCUGGCAUCAGAAUUACCCUUAUUUAGUUGUAGGGUCUGACCGACAAAUUCUUUUUUGGAAAAUUAACAACAUAUAAUAUUUGCCAGCUUUUGUAUUGCAUCUGUGUGUUUCUGGAAAAUGUCUGUUGAUGUUAGUUAGAAUAAAGGAAAUGUUUUUGUUGUA